UCGUUGAUCAAGUUCCGAGUGAUAAACAUGGACUUCAGUGAUGUAUAUAACUCUGAUGUCAGAGUGAAGAAGGAACCAGAUGAUGUUUCCCCAAUUAAAAAUGAAGAUUAUAAGAUAAUUGACAAUGCAUGCGAUGCUAAAAACGACGAAUUCUCGAGUUUUUGUCGAGAAAAUUUAAUUUAUGGGCUUCGUGAAAAUGAUAACAAUUCUGGUCCUAAUAACGAUUUGGAAAUAGAAUUCGAAUGUAAGGACGAGAAGCUCGGCAUUAACUUAUUAGUAGUCAAGAAAAUCGAGGACGAUUAUCCAGAUCAAUGGCAGUCUAAGAAAAAUAGUUGCGAUUAUCAGACUCAAAAGAAAAUUAAAGAAGAAAUGGUCGACGAAGUAAAAGAGGAAUUGAAUUUGGAUGGUGAACUCAGUGAUGCAUUUGAUGCAAAUGAAAAAACAUUUGCUCAAAAUAGUCAACGCAAAACCCAAACUGAUAAGGCAAUCGUACACAAUCGUACCAAAUAUCCAUGUAAUAUAUGCGGUAAAAAAUUUGCACGAGAAAAUAAUCUCAAGGUCCACAUCGAUGCGAUGCAUAAUGGUAUGGCACCUAAAUGCAAAAUAUGUGAAAAGACAUUCACAGGAAAAGGAGAUCUCAAGAUUCACAUCUAUGGAGUACAUAAUGGUGUUAGACAUGCAUGUAGUAUAUGUGAAAAGACAUUCACACAAAAAGGAGAUCUCAAGAGGCAUAUCGAGGGACAUAAUGGUGUUAAACAUACGUGUGGUAUAUGUGCAAAGAUAUUCGCACAUAAAGGAAAUCUCAAAAUUCACAUCGAUGGAGUACAUAAUGGUGUUAGACAUGCGUGUAGUAUAUGUGAAAAGACAUUCACACAAAAAGGAGAUCUCAAGAGGCAUAUCGAGGGACAUAAUGGUGUUAAACAUACGUGUGGUAUAUGUGCAAAAAUAUUCGCACAUAAAGGAAAUCUCAAAAUUCACAUCGAUGCGAUGCAUAAUGGUAUGGCCCCUACUUGCGAAGUAUGCGGAAAGAAAUUUCAAACGAAGAAUAAACUCAAGAUCCAUAUCGAUGCAGUACAUAAUGGUGUUAGACAUGCGUGUAGUAUAUGUGAAAAGACAUUCACACAAAAAGGAGAUCUCAAGAGGCAUAUCGAGGGACAUAAUGGUGUUAAACAUACGUGUGGUAUAUGUGCAAAAAUAUUCGCACAUAAAGGAAAUCUCAAAAUUCACAUCGAUGCGAUGCAUAAUGGUAUGGCCCCUACUUGCGAAGUAUGCGGAAAAAAAUUUCAAACGAAGAAUAAACUCAAGAUCCAUAUCGAUGCAGUACAUAAUGGUGUUAAACAUCCAUGUAAUAUAUGCGGUCAAAAAUUUUCACUAAAAGGUAAUCUCAAGAUCCAUAUCGAUGGAGUACAUAGUGGUGUUAAACAUGCGUGUGGUAUAUGUGAAAAGACAUUCACACUAAAGGGUAAUCUUAAAAAACACAUGAAUUUGAUACAUAAUAAGACAUAAGAAGAAUGAUGCAUAAGAAGAUAAGAUAACUCACAUUAAAGCGCACCACGAAGACAUUGAUCACGCUUGUGUUUUAUGCGGAAAAAAAUUUAAACAUAGAAAAUAUUUAUGCAGACACGUCAAAACCUAUCAAUAACCGCGCAAAUUGAUGAAACAUCGAGACAAAUAAAUAAAUUAACAUAUCAUAAA